CGGAGCCACAGGAAGCGACGGCUGGGCUCGAUGAUUGGCUGAUAUUCUCUUUGUGUGCGGGGCAGCUGGCGUCUCAACUGCAUUUUCAAUGGUCUCGUGUUGUGAGGCGAAGGUGUCCAUGGGCAGUACAGCAACAAAGGAGCCAGGAUGGUGUUAGUGCACGUCGGAUAUCUGGUUCUUCCCGUCUUCGGUUCCGUAAGAAGUAGAGGAGCACAUUUUAGCAGGCAGCAGCAUAGUCAUGCUACCUCCUGCCGGCAUUUUCAUCUGGCUGCUACAGCAACGGCGCUGCCUGCUGAGUUCCCACCCCCUCCCCUCGCCCCGCCUCAAUACCAGGAAGUCCCGCCCCCUUUCCUACCUCAGGCCUUACAGCAGCAAUACCUCAUCCAGCAACAGCUACUGCAGCGCAGACGCACACAGGAGCGUGUCCCACUGAACACGCAUCGGUUACGCCCAGGAUAUGAAUAUGCUCCGCCCCUCCAUGUCCCACAGCCAAUCCCACAGCAGCCCAGAUACCUUGCGGAGGGCACAGACUGGGAUCUGAGUGUGGAUGCAGGUGUCCCUCAUCAGUAUCCUCUGCAGCAGCUUCCUCAACCCUACCAACACUACCUGGCCUCUCCCAGAAUGCAUCACCUUCCCAGAAACACGUCCUCCACCCAGGUGGUUGUCCAUGAGAUAAGGAACUAUCCGUACCCACAGCUCCAUUUGCUGGCUCUACAGAGCUUGAGUCCCAGCCGACAUGCAUCUGCUGUUCGAGAGAGCUAUGAGGAACUGUUGCAGUUGGAGGAUCGAUUGGGAAGUGUCAGUCGAGGAGCUGUGCAGACAACCAUAGAGAGAUUCACCUUCCCUCACAAAUACAAGAAGCGGAAGCCGCUGGAUCUAAAGUUGUGUGAGAGUGAGGAAGAGUCUGAUGUGGAUGAGAAAUGCACCAUCUGUCUUUCCAUGCUGGAGGAUGGAGAAGAUGUCAGGCGGUUACCUUGUAUGCAUUUAUUCCACCAGGCAUGUGUGGAUCAGUGGUUGGCCACCAGCAGGAAGUGUCCCAUCUGCAGAGUGGAUAUCCAGACACAGCUCACACCCGAGAGCUGAAACACACACAUGAACAAAUAACAUGCUCUCUUUCGCUCUUAUAAAACACAUUCAUUUACAUAUAUCUCUAUACAGAUGUAGGAGAAACCCUGUUUGCAGGGUUUGCAUCCAAAACACAGCUCACACACACUGUAUAUUACAUACACAUGUUUGUGUACAAAUCAUGCACUCCACAAGAAUGAGCCAUUCAACACACACUAAAAACACACUUACACGCUUUACUGAGCCAAUGAGAAUAACUGACACUACACACACUAACACACAAUGGUAGAGCUUACUAAAGGGUCUGUUGUGAAGAGUGAUGCUGUUUGUAGGGAAAUGGUGUGUGUUCGUAGCAUAUGUGUGUGCAUCUGUGCAAUUCUUUAAGCCAUGAACUUUACUAAAGACCCUCAGCUUGUAUACAAUACACGCACAGUCACUCACACACUAAUUAACGAUAGUACACACACGCAUACACAUACUUGUGUAUAUACAUGAUGAAGCUCUUGGCGGAUAAGACACUGACAAAUCUAGCUGCUGGAGUGUGUGUGUAAGUGUGUGUGUCCGCUGAAUAUCUGAUCUGCAAUACUGCUUUAGUCUUACACACUGGAGCUAUUUCACUAUUUUGGUGUGUGUGUAUUGUAUGUGUGCUAGUGGGUGAAUCUCAUGAAACCUGUUGAGAACAUGUCAUAGUUCAGCCCAAAAUCAAAAGGAAAGUAGGGAAAAAAUGAUAUUUUCCUUAAAGGUGCACUCAGUAAUUUUUUCCCCCAUUAAAACAUUUUUACUCCUAAAGAAAUGAAUUGGAAUUUUGAAACAUAUUUAUAAAAUCAUGACCACACCUGUGAGAUGAAGAGUUCAGUCAUAUCAGUAACCUCAUAAAUGUUGAUUUAUUCUACAUGGGGGAGGGGCGCCUCAUGGGAGCUGCCAUUAUAGAAUCACAUGACCAGCUGAAUACUGCUCGCUUAAUCUCAGUAACCGUCCUGUUACUGGACACUUUCACUCAUGGAUUAAAUGAAUCCUGGCUGAUUGUGAAUAGUGAAUUUCUUCAAUGGCAUCUGGAACUGAAAACUAUUGAUUUUGAAUGAUGCUGCAUCCACACCACUAGGUGUCACUGUAAGUACAAGAUGACACAAACAAAAGUUACUGAGAAUACCUUAAAAGAAAAUGAAUCCUAAUAUGAAGAUUUCUUUUUGUUUUUUUGCAUUUUGGCAUUAUUUUACUGACAUUUAAGCACAUUUCCUCCAAUUCAUACUGUAAUGCAAAAUAAUGCAUUUGCUGCAUUACAAUAAUCAGAAUAAAAUUAGAAUUACCAUUGAGAAUAAUGAAAAUUACCAAAAAAAAAAAAAUGUCUGCACACAUUACAGCAAUGAAAAUGUAGUGGAAAUGUGUUUAAUUGUAAUGAAAAUAAUGUCAAACAAUGCAAAUAUACUAAUACAGGCUUCAUUUUCGUUACGCAAAAUGUAAUUUCUUAUUUUUUUAUUUUUUUAUUUUGGUGUGAAAUGUGACCUGUACAUGUUUUCUUGAGAUUUACCCUAAUAUUUUAUGGGUCUUGGGUUAGCUGUGCACAACGGUGCAUGUAGAAAAGCCAAAAAAGAACACACAGACUGAAAAAACGAAAAGACAACAAAUAAAAACAACUCUCAUCACUCAUUUCAAAGACAGCAGGAGGAGGGCUGUUGUCCUAAAAAAAAAAAAACGCUCCAGGAAAAAAUGUAGGUGGAGAAUGUUGUGAUUGGUGGAUUCAUGUAGAUAGGCGCAGUAGUAGUUGCAUGCAUCUGUGCUUGGGUUGUUAUUUCAAGGUACACCUGGAAGUGUGUGCAUAGCAGUAUGACACUGCAUGAAUGUGUAUUAGCUCCUUUAAGCUGUGACGAUCUGUAACAUUAUCAGACUCAUGUAGCUUGUGUGCAUGCGUGUACGUAUGCGCGUGCGAGAGAGAGAGAGAGACCCUGCCAUGACCUUUGACCCUAAAUGCCUACUGAAAAAAGCACAUGUGAGCAUCGCUAAAGUGCCCGGCCUCACUCUGGUGCUGCGCUGCCAUGGUUAUUGUAUUUAUUAUUGGUAUUUAAAACAUGCAGUGUUUGGAGGGGGGGCGGGGCUUGUGCGUGUCCAACCAUGUUCUUGUGUGACAGGUCUCCCCUCGUGGUUGCUAUGCUGGUUGCUAUGCUGUAUUUCUAGAACUAAAAUGUAGAAUGUUGUGUGAUAGAGGACCAUCCAACAACAGCACACAAGUGGGAUCGAGACAGGUCAGAACUGACGAAAAACGUUACGCCGCAGAAAUAAUCUUAGUCCCCUAAGGCCCGAAACAUUCUCUAAGCAAGUACAUGAUCGCAAACUGUUCAUUUCACAUGUUGUUUUGUUCCGAAAUGUGUCAGAACGCAAUUCAUAAUGCGACGCAAAUACACUUUCCAUUCUCGGCUGUAUCGGCAUUAGCGUAAACUGUAUUUUUCUACAGUCACUUUCAAUUAAAAACUGUUAUGGUGAAGCAACUGUUUGAAGGGAAUCUUGCAAAUAAUAAUAGCGCAUUAAAUUUACUGGCACAUACAUCUUUCGAACGUAACGCCAUCGCCCCCUUGAGUGUUAAAGUUUGUUACUGCGGCAGUAAUGCAAAAUGCACGUUAAGUAUGCACAAUGUAACCGCGCUCGCAAUGCGUUUGUUGAGCAUUUGCGUCUACGUACUUGCGGAAAAAAUUUCUGACCUUAAAACUUUAGCUUUGAGAAAUGUUACAUAUUAGAAAAUGUAGAAAAGAAUAGUGUUUCGCUUAUAAGUUCAUUUUACUUAGUAUGUAAAUUUGACCUAAAAACAGGUAGGGGGUUAAAAUUUACAGAGAGUAAUACAAACUUGAAUUCAAACAUUUCGACAGCUAUGUCGGUUUUCGUCCAGUGAAAUAAAAAAGGCCUGAAUACCGUAUUUGUUUCAGCCAAUGAGCUGCGGUUUUUGCCUGUGUGUUGACUCCUCCCCCUAAUGUUCUGUAUGCCGACUGGUGGAUGAUAGCGCACGUUGAUCGUUUACACAGAGUUUGAAAUGCCUUAAGUAUUUAACAAUCAUAAUUUAUUACUAACUGUAGAUAUUGUGGGUGCGUAUUUAAUUCUGUAUAGUUUCAUUUUUUUGCAAUUGAAUCAUAUUUUAUUUAUUUAGAAAUAACACAAAAUGAUUAAAACUCUUACCUCAUGUUUGAGUUUGUUUGCGGGAAUGCUUCGCAUGCGGUAGGUCGUGUUCGUGUGUGUUUCUCCCUUUGGUGCUGUGACCUUACUGACAUUCCGCUUGCUGAUUGGUCAGACACGGCAGCGGAGUGGGAGUAUUCUGGGUUUCGAUUCGCUGUCCUGUUUGCACUCUUAGAUUUCCAAGGCCACCCUCUCACUGGCAUCAUUUUAACCACUCUGGCAACCUUUGCGACACAAUCUUUCUCUAUCUCUCUUCUCUUUUUAUUCCCCUAUUUUUCCUUUUCUCUCUUUAAGUCUUUCUCGCAUUGUUGAUGUUUAGUUCUUUUCCUUGAAGAGCUUUUCCUUGUUAAUGUUUACAUCUACUUUUUCUAACGCAUUCGUCUCUCUUAACGUCUUGAAGAGCCUUUUCUUAAAUUGUUAAUGUUUACAGUCUCUCUGUGUCCAGUGCACAAUCUUUAUCUCUCAUUCCUUGUGCCUAUUUCUGUUAAAUUCUCGUCAUCUCUGAUUUAGUCAGUAAGCGUCUCACGCUGACCUUUCCAGGGCAAACAUUUUUCUUCCUUGUUCACUUUGCCAAUCUCUCUCUCUCUCUCUCUCUCUCUCUCUCUCUCUCUCUCUCUCCCUGUCUGAGGACUUAACUCUCCUCUCAUGGCAGGGUCAGGACUAACAGAGUAUAAUAAAGCACAACAGAUUUAAAAUGCAUGUUUUUCUCAGGUUUGAAUAUAUACAUGACUAAAUAGAAAUAUACAGCUAAAUAGAGAAAAUAAAGACUAGUGCAUAUGUUCUACUAAUGAUAUUAGAUGAUUGAUUUUUUUGCUGCUGCUUGCAUUUGAAAAACAAACACACACAAACACACAAAGUCAUAAAUAAUAAAGUUGUCCUAAAAGUGCCAGUGACAGGGGUGCCGCGUGCUGUGUUUUUUCACUUUUUCUAGCAGAAUAGAGACUAUUUAUCAUUCAUAUUAAAGCAAUAGCGCCUCCUGCUGGUGUGACUGCUAGUACAUAACUGGUCGAGUAUAAAAAUGUCUGUGUAAAAUGAUAGAAUUCUCUUUUGGUGGAAUUUUUUGUACCUUAUUUAUUACUACUACUAAUGAUGAAUUUAAAAGUGGCAUCUCUAAAAUGUUUUUGGUUUUGUUUGGUUUUUGUUUUCAUUUAGUUUAAUUUCAAAGCUUGUACAUUAUCACUUUUGUAUGUGCUCAUUUUGUAAUAAAAAUUGUUAAAAUG